UUAUCAAUCUUUUGGUAAAGUUGAUUUUUGUGGGAAUUGAGGUAAGGUGCUUUUUGUAAGUUAUAGAACAAAUGAAAUUCCAUCAAAUAACCGCCAAUCCCGGUUUGAAAAUACCGUCUGAGCGUCUGCAACCAAUCAGGCAAAUACUUUGCAUUUCCUGUUUAACCCGUGACGCGAUUGGUUAUUUAGUUGCAACUAAUCAUCUAUUAGAUGUUAGCCAAUCACUGUUCAGAAUGUCGAAAAGAAAGCUUACUGCACAAUGGACUUUAACAGGAUGUGACCUCCAUGUUUGACAGUUGAUCUUUCGUCUUGCUUUGCCGCUUUUUCUGGUGUUCUGUUCUUUCACACCGACUGCCGGCCAUUAUUUGUAAGCGGCGAAAGAUUCGGCGUUGCUUUGUAAAAUUGUUGUGAAUCUACCGGCAUCAAAAGCCUAAAAAGCGUGUAGCUUUUACGUAGUUAUUUAACUGUAGCUACUUUACAAAUUUCAUCAAAAUGGGCGAUGAAAAGAAGGCCAGCGAUAGCGAACACAUUAAUCUCAAAGUACUUGGUCAGGAUAAUGCAGUGGUACAAUUUAAAAUCAAAAAACACACCCCAUUAAAAAAAUUGAUGACCGCCUAUUGUGAACGUGCUGGUAUAAGCACACAAGUAGUCAGAUUUAGAUUUGAUGGCAACCCCAUAAACGACACAGAUACUCCUAAUUCUUUAGAGAUGGAUGAAGGAGACACAAUUGAAGUAUAUCAACAACAGACAGGUGGUUUCUUCUAUCGGUUUCUAUUCAUUUAAAUAAUCACACUGUAUUGUUCUUGUAUUUUCUUAUUUGCUAAAUUAAACUAGUUUUAAAUAAGUAAGUUAAUUUUAAUAUAGUUUUUAUUUCAUGUCAACUGAAGUUACAAUAGUUCUGUAAGAAUUCGACUAUUUGUGUUUUUGGACUCUUAUUUUGUAAUUAAAACACUUAGAAUACAAACAUUUUUCUUAUA